CGGCCUGAUGCGUUGAUCACCGUAUCUGUGCAACACAGCAUCGUGGAUUCGUGAUCAUUCAAAUUGUGUCCGAGGUCCACAUCUCCCUGUCAUCUGUUUCUCUCACUCCCAAACCGCGCUCUCCCUACUUACCGGCGACAAUCGGCAUGGCCAUUCGACGCCAACCCUCCUCGACCUCCCUCGCGCGUUAUGCAGUCGCAAAGUCUCCGGGCGUAGAUCUCUAUAACGGCAGCACGUCGCGCGACUUCUGCAAUUCCUUCUGGGGCGCGGGCGACGCCGGUGUGAACGUGCUAUUUGCCCGAAUGCGCGGCGCGAGUCGUACGACGGACGAGCUGCGCAACUUCUGGAAGGAGCGAGCAACUAUUGAGGAGGAGUACGCCGCACGGAUGAUGAACCUCGCGAAGGCGACGCUGGGAAAGGACGAGAUUGGAGAAUUGCGGAAUUCCCUCGAUACCCUCAGCCUUGAAACGGAGAAGCAAGGCGUUGCCCAUCUCGAAUUCGCCUCCCAAAUACGAUCAGAGUUGGAGGCACAGACCACUGCGUUUCUCAGCAAACAAAUCACACAUCGUAAAAAUCUGCAGGGCCCGCUGGAGAAACGAUUCAAAGUCAAGCAGACACAGGAAUCGUAUACCCUCAAGGCGCGCGAGAAGUAUGAAAGCGACUGCCUUCGUAUCGCUUCUUAUUCGCAGCAAAUUUCAGUCAACCCGGGCAAAGACGUUGAGCGGCUCCAACUCAAGUUGCGCAGGGCGCAACAGACGGUCCAGGCAAACGAGAAGGACUUUGCCAACUUUACGAAAACGGUCAUGGAUAUGACACCGCUAUGGGAAAGGGACUGGAAGAACUUUUGUGAUGCAAGUCAGGACCUGGAGGAGGACCGCCUGGACUUCAUGAGGGAUAUCAUAUGGAUGUAUGCGAAUGCGGUUUCGACGUUAUGUGUGUCUGAUGACCAGUCUUGUGAACGGAUCCGUAGUGUGUUGGACCAGCUUGAGCCGGACAAAGACAUCGAGAACUUUGUGGAAGAAUAUGGGACAGGGAACUCGAUACCAGAUCCACCGGUCUUUGUGCCGUAUCCUUCUCAACAACCGGACUCUUCAUCGAGACCAACUACUUCUUCUCGCACCGCCGAGUUUGAACGGGCAUCCGUUCGGCCUGUGCCUGCUUAUGGCGCCGACCAGGACCCCCUUAGCCCGAGCUUGGUGGCCGAACAAAUUAUUCCUACUGCCAUUGUUGCCGCCGCCGCCCCGAUCCGUGCCACCGAUCGAGCUGAUUCGCAAUCGCAAUCGGAUGCUGGGAGCAUGCGAGGAGAAUAUCAGGAUCGGGGGAUUGUGGAUCCCAUGUUAACGCGAUCUCCCAAUGGCUCGGCCAAUGUCACGAGACCUAUGCAGGCCUCGCCAGUAGUGCAACCGACGCAGCCUCCGCCGCCGGCACCACCACAGGUGCAGCCGCAACAACCAAUUCAGCCUCCGCCCACAUCGUAUCAGCAGCCGGACCCCGAAGUUACUCUCAGUCGACGGGCGUCGGGCCCUCUGCCUCCACAACCGUCAGUCUUGCCGUACAACUCCCCACCCGUCCGGGCCCCGACUCCCCAACCCGAAGAAUCCGGUCGCAUAUUGUUUUAUGUGAAGGCGCUUUAUGACUACACUGCUACUAUCGCAGAAGAAUUCGACUUCCAGGCAGGAGAUGUGAUUGCCGUGACUGCGACUCCGGACGACGGAUGGUGGAGUGGAGAGUUGCUGGACGAAGCUCGCAGGGAGGAGGGCCGACAUGUCUUCCCCAGUAACUUUGUGGUUUUGUUUUAAUCCGCUAUGUGCCCGCACUCAAUCAUAUGUAUCAUACACAAUAGUGCCUAG